GGUUUAUAAGGGGCCAGGGGACCAGCAGGGGCCACAGUCUGCCUGAGUGAAGGGACUGUCACUGACAUCCAGCUGAAAAAAGAUGGAUCUUCCGCUCCUGUCCUCCAUCCUGCUGUUCAUCUCCACUGCCCAGGCCUUCCAGUACUCGGAGCUGGCCCAGUACAUCGACAGCCACCAAGAGGAGUACGUAGAGACUCUGAGGGAUUGGGUCGCCAUCGAAAGCGACUCCAGCAAUGUCCUAAAGCGUCCGGACCUGCACCGAAUGAUGGACAUGACGGCCGACAAGCUGAGGACGAUGGGAGGGAACGUGGAGCUGGUGGACAUCGGAGAACAGGAACUUCCUGACGGGCAGAUGUUGGCGUUGCCCAAAGUGGUGACGGCUCGGUUCGGUAACGACGCCAACAAACACACGGUGUGUGUUUACGGACACGUGGACGUCCAGCCGGCCAAGCUGGAGGACGGAUGGAAGACAGACCCAUACAACCUGACCGACAUCAACGGAAACCUGUAUGGAAGAGGGGCGUCGGACAACAAAGCCCCGGUGUUAGCCUGGAUCCACGCUGUGGAGGCUUACCAGGCCCUCAACAUGGAGUUGCCCGUCAACGUGAAGUUUGUCAUCGAGGGGAUGGAGGAGACGGGCUCCAACGGCCUGGACGCCAUGAUCCUGGCCCAGAGGGACACCUUCUUCUCUGACGUGGAUUACAUCAUCAUCUCAGACUGCGGUUGGCUGAGCCGUCGUCCCGCCCUCACCUACGGCACCAGAGGAAACUGCUACUUCUUCGCCGAGGUAGAAGGACCGAAGCAGGAUUUACACUCUGGUGUUUACGGAGGCACCGUCAUCGAACCCAUGACCGACCUCAUAGGCAUUCUGGAUAUGCUGAUCAGUUCCAACGGUAAAAUCCUGAUUCCUGGGAUCAGAGAGGCCGUGGCUCCGCUGUCUGACGAGGAAUGGAGGAUGUACCAGGACAUUGAGUUCGACUUAGAAAACUACAAAAACAAGAUCGGUGUCAACCAGCUCAUGUACAGCAACAAGGUGGACUUGUUGGCCCACAUGUGGCGCUACCCCACCGUCUCCAUCCACGGCAUCGAAGGCGCCUUCUCUGAUCCAGGAACUAAGACCGUCAUCCCCGCUAAAGUCAUCGCCAAGUUCUCCAUUAGACAAGUUCCCAACAUGGAUCCUGCAAUGGUCAAGAAACAGGUCACAGACUACCUUCACUCAGUCUUCGCCAAGAGGAAGAGUCCUAACAAGCUGAAGGUGACCAUGGUGAUCGGGGCCAAGCCUUGGCUGGCAGACACUCAGCAUCCGCUCUACGAGGCCGGAAAGGCAGCCGUCAAGAGAGUUUUCGACAUGGAUCCUGAUCUGAUCCGUGAGGGCGGGACCAUCCCCAUUGCCAGAACCUUCCAGGACGUGACGGGGAAGAGCAUCAUCAUGAUGCCCAUCGGAGGGUUUGACGACGGGCUGCACUCGCAGAACGAGAAAAUGAGCAGGUACAACUAUAUUGAAGGAACCAAGCUAUUCAUCGCCUACCUGAAUGAAGUCGCCCAGAUCAACAAGACCAGCAUCUGAUAUCUGAUGGCGAGGACCUCCAACAUGUCAACUCUACCAUGAAGGACAAAAAUGAACAAUCGCUGACGCUGGAUUUGUAUUUUUACUGAGACUAUUGUUCUGCUAAGCUUUAAUUUAUCUGCAGCUCAAGUACCUCUGAGUGUUUAUCUAUCUAUCUAUCUAUCUAUCUAUCUAUCUAUCUAUCUAUCUAUCUAUCUAGUCGUGUGCUUGAAUGUACAACCUGUUUAAAUGGAAAACAUUCCUAAACUGUCAGUACGUGUGAAUGAUCUUCUGCAGCCGCUUCCCGUUUCCGUUCAUACAGUAUAUUUAUGUUGCAUUUAAUGUCACACGGUACUGUACGAGUGUUCAUGUCAUGUAGUAAAAGCUCAACAAAGCAACAAUC